UCAAUCCCAAUGUCCGAGCACAGCGCGACCAAGCCGAGCGCGAAACGACCCUGGCCUCGAUCAAAUCCUCCAUGGGCCCGCGCAAAAUCCCUCUAGACCUCGACGACCUCGCACAGCCCCUCCCGCAAAGACCGCGGACCGCCUCACACUCCGACGCGACCUCCCAGGAGCGUUCUGCGAAACAGUACGAAGAGGUCAACGAGCAAGAUCUCGCGGACCUCGAACAGAAAAUCUCGCCGCCGCCGCUCCCAGCAUAAUCACCUCCCCCGAACAGGCGCACCCGCCCUCCCCACCGAUCACCAGCCGCUCCUGCUCGCCCGUCAUCUCCGCCAACCCGACCAUCGACUUCGAAGGGCUGUCGUGGCCGAGCAUGGGCACGCUGGCGCGGCUGCAGGAGCGCGAGAGCCCGGCCGAGGCGGCGGCGCGGCUCAAGAAGCUCACCGGCGCCGUGCGCACCCUCCUCGAGUGCAUCGGCGAGGACCCGGACCGCGAGGGCCUCCACGGCACCCCCGAGCGCUACGCCAAGGCCAUGAUGUUCUUCACCAAGGGCUACGAGGAGAACCUCCGCGACAUCGUCAACGGUGCCGUCUUCCACGAGGACCACGAUGAGCUGGUCAUCGUCAAGGACAUCGAUAUCUACAGUCUGUGUGAGCACCACCUGGUGCCGUUUACGGGCAAGAUGCACAUCGGAUACAUCCCCAACAGCCGCGUCAUCGGCCUGUCCAAGCUCGCCCGCAUCGCCGAGAUGUUCUCCCGCCGCCUGCAGGUGCAGGAGCGGCUGACCAAGCAAGUCGCGCUCGCCAUCUCCGAGGUCCUCAAGCCCCAGGGCGUCGCGGUCGUGAUGGAGAGCACGCACAUGUGCAUGGUGAUGCGCGGCGUCCAGAAGCCCGGCGCCGUCACGACGACCAGCUGCAUGCUGGGCGCGAUGCGGAAGAGGGCGAAGACCCGCGAGGAGUUCCUGAGCCUGUUGGGGAGGAGAUGACGGAACACUUCUCCCCCUUCCUUUUCAUCACCCACUUUGGACUCUUUUUCUUUUGGAAAUCGCGCGAAAGAGGAGUGGGGUUUUUCGGUUUCCAUGCGGCGUAUUUGGUGUUUUCUCAACAAGGGAUUGAAGAUCGAAAAUUGUUUUUUUUUCUCGA